AUGCCUCCCGUCCUGAAUCCCUUCUUACGGGCCUUCUUCCGGAGCGCACUCCCCAGCCAGUGUCAGCCAGUCCAGCAUCACGUUCUGCUUGUCCCUACCACUGAAGUCCUCCUGUCCUCGCGCGACAAGGAAUCGAAUGCCUCCUACGUUGACCUCAGUGGGUCGGAGGACUUUCUUGCCAGUCAUGUCCUGCGCGUGCCCGGCGGCGUGGGCCCCAACAACCAGAUCAAGGACGCUGCCAGCUUCAGAGAAACGCGCGGCAAGGCGAAGCAAUUCACAACGGCCAAUGGUCGCACGGUGAUCGUCAAGGAUGCCUUCAUAUAUAGCAACAAGGGAUUCAAGACGCUGAACCAAGCACAACUGCUGAGCGACACCAUCUUCUACCCAGACUCCUUCGAUGCGCAGCCAUGGCUUGUCUACUUCAUCUCUCGUCCGCUCAUAGGCACCUACGACGCGACGCCCAUCAUGCCAGCCAUUAUCGCAUCCAAUAAUAAUGUCGCUGCCAUACAAUCCGCAACAGGGAGCUCUUCUGCCGGCGCGGGCUCGUCCCUGCCACGGAAGAAGGAAGUCAAGUCAUUCAGCGACCUCCUCAACCAUUUCCCAAUGAUUGCGCGCCAGUUGCAGCCAGGACUGGAGAGGCUAUUCAAAGAGUUCGCUAGUGAACUGGAAAAACCACUACCCGCGACACCAUCGCAAAGUUCGCGGGCGUCGUCUAUAAGAUCGCGCAGGGCUGGAUCUGUGUCAUCGGCCGAGACAGCCCCCCUUUCAAGGCAGAGCAGUAUGUCUCAGGGUCCAAACGGUUUCAUAUCGACCCUGGAGAUCAGUGAUGAGGAGGAUCAGAUGCGGAGGUCGCUCGAGACGGCUGUGACGGCUGCUAUUGACCUAUUCCAAAUGGUUGACAAGCAACAACUAUCGCUACUGGGCGCAACGACCGACUUGACUGGCCCCAUAGUAGAGCGCAUGAUAGAACGCUACAUUGUGGAGCAGGUACAUCAUACAGUUCUAUUCCCGCGAGUACGGCAAGUGCGACAGCUCGAGGAUGCCGAUCUGGAGCGCCGGACGCGACAGAUGACCGAUAUUGAUAUAUCGCAAGUUGGUAUCGACAUUGGAAAUGGCCGCAAAGGCAAACAGGAACUCGCCAUACGGCUGUCAAAGGCUGUGGACAUGUUCAAGAGGAUGGGAGUGGCAGGAAGUCCACAGGAAAUGCUCGAGAUAUUACUCGCAGUACAGAAACACAUCACACAGCCAGAUUCGACAUCAACACUACCGAAUACGGAACCAGGAACAUUGACCAACGGAGAGCAAAUUUCAGAAAAACGCGACCAUGCUCUUACUAUUAACGCGGAUACCCUUGUCUCACUGUUGCUUAUCGUGGUAAUUCGCGCCCCAGUCAGGCAUCUACAAGCCCGUCUGUCAUAUAUGCGGCAUUUCAUCUUCAUCGACGACGUCGAGAGCGGCGAGAUGGGCUAUGCACUGAGCACGUUCGAAGCUGUCCUGUCGUAUUUGUCUCAAGAUUCAGGGGGUUUGCGAAGAGCCAGUCGGCGCAACAGGACAUUAUGGCAAGCGACCAAAUCUGGUGAUCUAGCGACAAUGCAAGGCGUGCUCGAACCUGACAGAUCUUUCAAUCAAGCCAUGUACGACUCAGAUGAAAGUGACCCGCCGGAGAGACAUCAUCCUGUCAGAUUCGCAGCGAAUCUCACAGAUCUUCCGCACAUGAAUGGUACGACAGUAAACGGCGAUCACCACUCGAGACCAAGACAUCGAAGUUCAUCUCACGAUAAGAGUCAGAGUGAGGAUGGCCCACUCGCACACAUCUUCCCCUUCCAGCGAGCUCAAACGCCACCACUGCAGGACACGCCAAAGAUGAAGAAGAGUGUUUCGAUGGAUACGCGGAGCCUCUCUAGCGGUUCAGCACGAUCCUUUGCAUCGCGCACAACACUUGACUCCAGAACCAGUGGCAUCGAGGGCGACACAUCCAUUGAGAAACUCGUCAUGACACAGGGGGUGGAAGGCGAUUCAGUGCUGAUGAUGGCCAUCGAGUCGAAACAAGACAAAGCCCUGCAGUAUCUAUUGAGUCUCACGGAAUACUAUUCCGCUUCUUUUGUUCUCGAAGAUGCGAACAAUGACGGCGCAACACUGUUAAGUGCCGCCGUGCAGUUGGCACACGCUAGGACAACAGACACGAUCUUGAACUACAUUUUGGAUAAUAGUCCAAGCCCGGAUUCGCUACGACAGUACCUAGCGAAGCAAGACUCCAAGGGUAGAUGUGUAGCACAUUAUCUGUUCAACCAACCUCGACUUAUAGAUCGCAUUGGUCAUUUGUUGCCCUGGCGGCUGAAAGACAAGAAUGGACAGACACCACUCUUUGCUCUGUGUAGAUCUUACGACCAUCACGAGUACCAUGACAUGGUGGACAAAGCGCUCACUGCUGCAACGCAUGCGCAAGGCGAUGAUCAACCGCUCCACCUUGAUGAGCACGUUGACAACAAGGGCAAUAGUCUACUCCACAUCAUCACUGAUCCGCAUCUUGCGAACAAACUACUAUACCACUGCGAUUCGGAUGCCAAUGCUACGAACGAUAGGCAGUUUACACCCCUCAUGGUUGCCAGCAAGUAUGGGCGCACAGACAUGGUUAGAAUACUGUUCCAAGACCCCAGAGUCGACUUAUCGUUUAGAGAUGCACGGGGUCUUACCGCUGUCGAGCUGGCCAAAGACGAUGAUAUUCGCAAUCGUAUCGACGACCUCGUGCUCCUCUCUAAUGAACCUGGGCCGGACGGGCGAACGACUACUGUGGUACGAUCCUUCUUCGUGGAAGAUGGUACCGUUCGAUUGGUCCUGAAAUCCGGAGCACCAAAUCGCAACGGGACCAUCACCGUCACAACCUGCCGCCGGUCAUCCCAGGACUUUGAAAACCUCGCAAAAUGGCUCGCUCAAGAACACCCCGCCUCCUGGCUACCCGCGAUCCAAACUCUGGCUUCACCAUACCUUAUUCCAUCCAGACCGUCUCGCUCCAUCCUUCGCGAUAUGCAACUCCGCCUUGAUGGCUUCCUCAAAAUCCUGCUCCGCCACCCCACCUUUGCCACUCACGAAAUGGUCUGGGAGUUCUUCCUCGUUCCCGAUAUUGAUUCGACCAUGCUUGCCGAGCGCUCCGCCCGCAAAGCCGAAUUGCGCGUCGAGCGUCUCCGCGAAGAGUACGCACCCAUGUAUGAUGUGCGGGAAGUAGAAUCCUUUGUUCAACAUAUGCGCGACAACAUUCGCUCUCUCCAUCACGCCUCCAAAUCCGUACUCCGACGUACAAACAAAGUGCGCUCCGCAGCCUCGGAUCUGCACGACGCAGCCAAGAUGGCGAAUACAGCCCUGCACUCGUUGACCUUUCUACCCGCAGCUCAUCUCCAAGCACUAGAUCGCUACACAAGGACGCUUACACAAAGCGAAGCCAAUCCCAUGGCUGGCUUCUACUACAAUAUGCACGCCAUCUCCUCGACCAUCACCGCAAUCCUCAACUCGCUCACCCGCCCCUCCACCCUCAUAGCCAGCAUGUCCGUCACCCAGAAAUCAAUCGACCGUCACAACCUCAGUGUUCGCCGCUCCGAUCGCUGGCCCCUCGGCCUCCUCGACGACGCGCGGUCCCGCGUUCAGCGCGAUGCGCAGGACAAGAUGGACAAGUCGCGCGCAGAGCUCGAGGAUUUGGGUAGGGAGCUCAGGUAUAGUCAGCAGGUUGUUGCGGCGGAGGCGGCGAGCUGGCAGGAGGGCAGAGUGGAGAUGGGGAGGCGAUGUGUGAGGGAGUUGGCGAAACGGAUGGUAGUGGUUGAAAAGGCGAGGCUGGAGGGUAUGAGGAGGGCGGUGAGGGGUUUGGGGUUGAAGGAGAGGGCGGGUAAGAGGGGUCGUGGCGGUGGUAAUGGAAAUGCGAAUGCGAAUGCGAAUGCGGGAGAGGACGUGCUGAACGCGACUCGUUUGGGUAAUGGUUUGGAAGACCAUGCACGUUUCGCAUCUUCCAGCGCGCAGAAGCAAGCUGCGCUGCAGACCAAUGGCAGUCACAAACCCAACCCCAAAGCCGAAGUCGACCUCACAAAUGGCCAUGCCCCGGCUCCUCCAGCAGAUCAGCACCUCGCAUCCACGGCCCACAAGACUGCGCCAAAAGACGAGGAAAUAGAGCAACAGCGAGAAGAUCAAGAAGCAGCUCACUCACCACUCGAGCAAGCUUCUUCGAAGUGA